AUGAUAGAAGCCGAUAUUGCCAGGCUGUCAGCGAUACCAUGGGCUGCCAAGCUUAUCAACGACAAGCGCUGGACUCCGACGAAGAGCUCUAAUCGAUUUCCUAAGCCAACGGGCGAGGACUCGUUCUUCGCAGAGACCCUCGAUACCGGUCGCACGAUACGAACGAUGCUGACACUCAGACCAUCCAAAGAGGAGGAUGGUGACCUGGCGUACAAAGAGCUUUUGGUAAUUCUGGAUCUUGGGGAUGGUCUCAACGGUUACUCUCAAGUGCUGCACGGAGGCUUUGCGGCUACCCUGUUAGAUGAGACUUGUGGAGGCCUGAUCCAACUGAAUGUCUUUGAGAAAGUGAAGAAGCUUGGCUCCGAGCAUGCCAUGAAUUAUCUCACGGCAUAUCUGAACACAGUCUACAAGAAGCCAGUGCCGGUCCCCGGUCUUUUGCUCUGUACCGCGACGAUAGAGCGACAAGAUGGCAGGAAACUUUAUGUACGUGCGACUGUCGAGGACGGUGAGGGAACGGUGUACACCACCGGAGAGUGCCUUUUCAUUGAGAUGAGGCCAAAGCUAUGA